GCAUUAUUGAUUACGCUUCCCCUUGCGACCACCUCCUCCCCUACUCGCAAUUUUUUCUCGCCCCGCCGCCACCCCGCCGCCUCGCCGCCGCCGCCGCGCCGCUUUUAGCGCCGCCUCGCCUCCUUCUCGCCGAUGGCCUUGCCCUAUGCUUCCAGUGUUGCAUAGUUUCAUUGCCUAACAACUCACAUACCGUUUGAAGUUAGUUUGACCUUUGGAAUGGCUGAGAGCAACUUUGUGCCACGAGCUACCUCGCAUGUCAUUCUUGACUUGGAUGGUACACUUCUGAAUACAGAUGCCAUCACAAAUGAAGUAUUGAAAGUUUUCAUCAUGCGUUACGGCAAGGAGUGGGACAGCAGAAAGGCCCACAGAAUAGUAGGAAGAACACCUGCUGAGGCUGCAGCUAUAAUUGUGGAAGAUUAUGAGCUAUCUUGCACGCUGGAAGAGUUCAUAUCUCAAAUUACUCCAAUGUUUUUUGACCAAUGGUGCAAUAUUAAACCACUUCCAGGUUCUAAUAGGUUAAUUAAACAUCUAACGAGUCAUGGAAUUCCAAUGGCUUUGGCAUCAAAUUCUCCAAAAUCCAACAUAGAAGAAAAAAUUUCUUUUCAUGAAGGCUGGAAGGAAGCAUUUUCUGUUAUUGUUGGUGGUGAUGAAGUAAAUAUGGGAAAACCAUCUCCUGAAAUAUUUGUUGAAGCUGCUAAGAGGUUGAAUGUUGAUCCAUCCACUUGCCUAGUUGUUGAAGACUCAUUGCCUGGUGUUACUGCUGGUAAAGAAGCUGGAAUGCUAGUGGUUGCUGUACCAUCUAUUCCAAAACAAGGUGGAUUGUACAAUUCAGCAGAUGAGGUGAUCAAUUCUCUACUUGAUCUGCAUCUUGAGAAAUGGGGCUUACCUCCCUUUGACGACUGGGUUGAAGAUACUUUACCAAUUGAACCAUGCUACAUCGGGGGACCUGUUGUCAAGGGAUUUGGUCGAGGUUCAAAGAUUUUAGGAAUACCAACAGCUAAUUUACCUGCAGAGAACUUUUCUUCUGUACUUUCUGAACACACUUCAGGUGUGUACUUUGGCUGGGCUGGAUUGUCCAGUCAGGGUAUCUUCAAGAUGGUCAUGAGCAUUGGAUGGAAUCCUUACUUCGAUAACGCUGAAAAGACAGUAGAACCUUGGUUGCUUCAUGACUUUGGUGAGGACUUUUAUGGCGAGGAGCUUCGCCUGGCAAUUGUGGGUUAUAUUAGGCCAGAGGCAAACUUUCCGACACUUGAGAGCUUGAUAGCAAGGAUUCACGAGGACGGAAGAAUCGCAGAGAGAGCCUUGGACCUUCCCAUAUAUGCAGGUUAUAAGGAUUCACCAUACUUGAAAAUUUCUUGCAACGAAGUUAUCACUGGCAGACCAGUCUAAAACCUUGUUUUCCUUGAGAAAGACAGGAUAUACUUCUCUAAUUUGAGAUCUCAAGCGAGGUGAAUCUCGCAGAUUGUGUAAUUUGCAUUGGAACUCUAUGACCUCUUCUCGGGUCUAACAGAUGCAACUUCUGUUCUUAUUUUAUAAACUUCAAUACUAUAUGGUCCAUCGUUUAUCCCC